CGAGCAUGGUGGGAAGUCCACAGCCCCAGAAACGGGCUCCAGGAGCAUGUUAUCAUUGUCGUGCCCGAAAGGUCAAAUGUUCUGGCAAUCAGCCCUGCACGAGCUGCCAGCGACGGGCGGAGGAGUGCAUCUUCGAAGGAGACCGGCGCAUCUCGGUAUCAAAAAGGGAAUUCCUGACCUUGAAGCGUAAGCUGGGAGAGCUGGAGCAGAGUGACAAUGAGGGCCGCGCAAUGGAAAGAGGAGGACAAACCCAAGUCCCACAGAAUGCGCCACCCUCUCCGCAUGCCACUCAAAGUGGAAAUGAGGAUGAUACCACAGAUGACGUCCCUGACGCCCAUCUCGACCGGAACCCUCUAGUAUCCCCAUCGAGCUUCGUAUAUCGUGUUGGAAAGAGACGGCGCACAUGGUUCUUCCAAGGCCCAACGUCGAGCUGGUCUUUCACCCACCGCGUGCUAAACAGCAUGGCCAAGCGCUUCAGCCCUCACACCCCAAUCGAGAUCCCAUUCCACACAGACGGUGACGCAUACGACAUCCACUGGGGAAGUGUUGGGCCCGACGGCGCACCGGACGUGAGUGACUUGCCAUCACUCAACCACGCAAUGUACCUUGUUAGCACAACUCGGUUCCAUCUGGGCGAAUUAUUCCACUUCUUUGACCAGGAGGAGUUUCUGGCGAACUUGCAUGAGCUGUACGAUGAUGUUCAUGCUAAGGUGCGAACGUCGCGGCUGUGGUAUAUUCAGUUCCUUGUUGUCAUGGCGUUUGGAGAGGCUUUUCUCGCCCCUUCGACGCGUCUUCGAGCAACAGGCGAAUCGGCCUGUUCGCAAUACUUCACCAGGGCGAUGUCGCUUCUGCCAGACCCGUCGAGGGUAUGGGAUGACCCAAUUCUUACGAUAGAGGUUCUAGCAGCCGUAUCAUUAUAUCUCUAUUCGCUGGAUAUGAGGGACUCCAGCUGCUGCUAUAUCGGACAAGCAAUGCGCAUAGCCGUAAUCGAAGGCCUGCACCGCGCCCUCCCGCCAGAUAUCGAUCCCAAAUUGGCAAGCAGAUGUACCCGAAUCUGGUGGACGACAUAUUUACUCGAGAACAAACUCACCGCAUCAGUUGGUGCGCCCAGCGCCGUGCGUGAGGAGGACGUCACGGCUAUGCUGUGGGAUCCCCAGACCUGUCCGCGCGGUUUGGCUGGACUUACCCUGCAUGUUAAAGUAUCGCAGGCUAUGAAUCACGUUUUGCAUACCGUGUAUAACCCGGGAGGGGAGCGGCCAGCGCUAUACCUACAGAAAGUACAGUCUACCCUGCGCCAGAUGGCGGAUCUAUCGCGCGAAUGGGAGCAGGUCUUUCAGAGCCGGUUCAAGACAUCUGUUGAUGCGGUUUGUGGAUUGAGUACGCGCUUGACAUUGUCAUAUCACUUGUGCGUGAUAAUCGCAAUUCGUCCUCUGAUCUUCUCUCUUCUGCUGGAACGAUUGGAUAGUCGUGGAGCAGGUACUAGCCAACGACCACUAUCGCACGCCGUGCUCACACUGGCUCGGAGCUGCGUUGACUCUGCUACAAAGUCCCUCAGGAUUCUGGGACAGCUUAGGGAGAAGAACCUACUAGCAGAAACAUUCCUCCCAUUCGACCUCGAAUACACAUUUGCAUCGGUAUUUACACUGCGUCUGGUAUAUAUGAUUGUGCCCACGGAGAGUCGUAGUACCUCCUGCUAUGAGAUAGCGACCAGUAUCCUUGACGAUAUGAAGUUAAAAGGGAACCGCAUCGCGGAGUUUCGACGUGCAGAGCUGGAUAUACUAGAGUGGCUUAUCCAGGAAUCAGAGGGCCCAAGCCAAACACAGGCUGAUGCCUUAGGAGUUACGCCUGAUUGUUCCGUACUACAGAGGGUUGAAACCAACACGGUAGAUGUGCAUGGGCUUGACCCGGGGAUGGAUAUAAACGGCGCGCUAGGUUUGGACUGGGGAGACCAGACCGAGGGGGUUGGCCUUCUUUCUGAGCAGAUACUGGCGGUGGUAGACCAGUUGGCUACGGAUGAUGUGCUGGUUGAGGGCAAUAUUGCAAGUCUGGGGGAGGAUCGGUGGCUUUGGGAUGGGAGCUGA